GUAUAGAAUAUUAAGUUUGCUACUUUGAAAAGAAAAAAAAAAUGGCUUCCAACAUGGCAAACCCUGCUAACCAUCUGCCAUACUUCUUUGGCAACAUUACACGUGAAGAAGCUGAGGAGUAUUUGAUGCAGGGAGGACUGAGUGAUGGACUAUACUUGCUCCGACAAAGCCGGAAUUACCUGGGGGGCUUUGCCUUAUCCUUAGCCCAUGGAAGGAAGGUUCAUCACUAUACGAUUGAGAGAGAGCUGAGUGGCUCAUAUGCUAUUGCAGGAGGCAAGUCGCAUGCCAGUCCUAACUAUCACUCAGAGGAAGCAGAUGGCCUUAUCUGUCUACUGAGAAAGCCUUUCAACCGACCACCAGGUGUUGAACCCAAAACAGGACCCUUUGAAGAUUUAAAAGAGAACCUCAUCAGAGAGUAUGUCAAACAAACUUGGAAUUUGCAGGGGCAUGCUCUUGAACAAGCUAUCAUUAGUCAAAAGCCUCAGUUGGAGAAGUUGAUUGCCACUACAGCCCACGAGAAGAUGCCGUGGUUCCAUGGGAGGAUCUCUCGGGAAGAGUCAGAGCACCGUAUCCUCAUUGGGUCAAGAAACAAUGGAAAAUUUCUUAUCCGAGAAAGGGAUGGCAAUGGUUCCUAUGCCCUGUGUCUGCUGAAUGAUGGAAAAGUACUGCAUUACCGUAUUGACAGAGAUAAGACAGGAAAGCUCUCCAUACCGGAUGGAAAAAAAUUUGACACCCUCUGGCAGUUAGUUGAGCAUUAUUCAUACAAACCAGAUGGAUUAUUAAGGAUUCUUACCAUUCCCUGUCCACAACUUGGCUCAGAAAAUGAUAAUGUUUUUAACACUCGUCCUCCUCUUCCUGGAACUCCUUCUACGUUUCAGUCAACUAUUAGCCACUCACCUGAUGAAGCACCUUUUAAUCCUUACGUGCUGCAGAGGAAGAGAGGUCUUACAGUAGCAGAUAAAGGUGAUCAGAGAGAGGCCUUACCCAUGGAUACUGAGGUCUAUGAAAGUCCGUAUGCUGAUCCAGAUGAAAUGAAACCAAAAAAUGUCACUCUUGACAGGAAAUUGUUAACCUUGGAGGAAGGAGAACUUGGCUCUGGCAAUUUUGGUACUGUAAAGAAAGGAUUCUAUAGAAUGAAAAAGUAA